GCACCUCCCUCAACGCCCACAAUACAUUUCAGUUCAUCCAACAGAAUUACACAAAUUGAACUUCCGAUCAACGGAACUAUGAGCCAGGAACAACCACAAAGGCCUGGGGCUAGUCAGGAACCCGUCAAGUACGGUGAUGUCUUUAACGUCACCGGUGAACUGGCUUCAAAACCUAUUGGACCAAAAGAUUCCGCCGCCAUGCAGUCAGCUGAGAACAAGAUCCUAGGAGAAACACCAAAAGGUGGUGCAGCAGCUGUCAUGCAAUCUGCAGCCAUCGCCAAUGAAAGAGCAGGCGUCGUUAGUCACAACCAAGCUGACGUUGCUGGAGACCAAGGCGUCGCCGUCAUUAAGUCUGACGCAGAUGGCGAUGUUAUGAUCACAGAAGCCGUUGCUGGACAGAUUGUGGGGCAAUACAGGCAACCAGAUGUUUCAGCGGUGACGACUCCAGCAAUGUUGGUUGAUCCAGGAUCAAUUACGAUUGGAGAGGCUUUAGAGGCGGCGGCCAUCUCUGCUGCAGAUAAACCGAUUGAUCAGAGCGAUGCGGCUGCAAUUCAAGCUGCUGAAAUGAGAGCCACUGGCAGCAGCGAGAUAACUCCGGGCGGUAUUGCAUCCGAAGCUCAGUCUGCAGCCACUCGGAAUGCUCGAACCCAGCGGUUUGAAGAUCAAGCCACUCUCUCGGACGUUUUGUCGGAUGCUACUGCGAUGCUGCCUAAGGAUAAAGCAGUGACUCGUGAAGAUGCUGAAAGGGUUGUAGCUGCUGAGGUGAGAAAUAAUCCUGGCAUGAGUACUACGCCUGGGGGAGUGGGUGCUGCCAUGGCUGCAGCUGCUAAGCGUAAUCAAAAUUCAACAAUCUAGAUCUUAUCACAAUGCUAUUUUAUAAAUCACCAUGUCUUCUGCUUUUUUGGAAAGAAAGUAAUCCUUUUCAGGCUUAA